GGGCCGGGCGGCGGCGGCUGCAGCAGCAGCAGCGCGGCGCCGCACCGCGCCCGGACGGGGUUGGGCUGGGUGGUAGCAGUGAUUGCAGCGGGCUGAGACGAAUGCGGGGGCUACUGGGGACUGAGUCGUUGGUAGCGGGUUGCUGCGGCCUGGAGCAGUCUCCUCUCGCAGCACCGCACUCCCAGGAGCUGUGGCAGGCCGCUGCGCUCAGCCUGCUGGUGAACUGUGGCUGGCACGCCCAGGCGCGGCGGCAAUAGUGGGCAGGUUAGAGUGGGAACGGGGGCGGAUGUGGGAGCAGCCUAGGCCCAGAGAGGUAACCCGAGCCCGGCCAUCUCUAGCCAUGUCCGACGAAGCGUCGGCGACCACUUCCUACGAGAAGUUUCUGACCCCAGAGGAGCCCUUCCCGCUACUUGGACCCCCUCGCGGGGUGGGCACAUGCCCCAGCGAGGAGCCCGGCUGCCUGGACAUCAGCGACUUCGGCUGCCAGCUGUCCUCCUGCCAUCGCACCGACCCACUCCACCGCUUCCACACCAACAGGUGGAACUUAACUUCUUGUGGAACAAGUGUUGCCAGCUCAGAAUGCAGUGAGGAGCUGUUUUCAUCAGUUUCUGUUGGAGACCAAGAUGAUUGCUAUUCCUUAUUAGAUGAUCAAGACCUCACUUCUUUUGACUUAUUCCCUGAGGGGAGUGUGUGCAGUGAUGUCUCUUCCUCUAUUAGCACAUACUGGGAUUGGUCGGACAGCGAGUUUGAAUGGCAGUUACCGGGCAGUGACAUUGCCAGUGGGAGUGAUGUGCUUUCUGAUGUCAUACCCAGCAUUACAAGUUCGCCUUGCCUGCUUCCUAAAAAGAAAAACAAGCACCGGAAUUUAGAUGAACUUCCUUGGAGUGCAAUGACAAAUGAUGAGCAGGUGGAAUAUAUUGAGUAUCUGAGUCGUAAAGUCAGUACUGAGAUGGGUCUUCGGGAGCAACUAGAUAUUAUUAAAAUAAUUGAUCCUUCUGCUCAAAUCUCUCCUACAGACAGUGAGUUUAUUAUUGAACUUAACUGUCUCACAGAUGAAAAACUGAAGCAGGUGAGAAACUAUAUCAAGGAGCAUAGCCCUCGCCAGCGGCCUGUGAGAGAGGCCUGGAAAAGAAGCAGCUUUAGUUGUGCAAGCACCAGUGGAAUGAGUGGUGCCAGUGCCAGUGCCAGCAGCAGCAGUGCCAGCAUGGUCAGUUCUACAAGCAGCAGUGGGUCCAGUGUUGGAAACUCGGCUUCAAACUCCAGUGCCAACAUGAGUCGAGCACACAGUGACAGCAACUUAUCUGCAAGUGCAGCAGAGCGGAUUCGAGAUUCAAAAAAGCGAUCCAAGCAGCGGAAGUUGCAACAGAAGGCCUUACGCAAGAGGCAGCUGAAAGAGCAGAGGCAGGCUCGGAAGGAGCGGCUCAGUGGGCUCUUCCUUAAUGAAGAAGUGCUGUCCUUGAAAGUGACUGAGGAAGACCAUGAAGCAGAUGUAGAUGUUUUGAUGUAAUAAGAGUGAUGUUAUCAGCAUUCUUCCUAAGCAUUAAAGCAUUCUAUUCUUACUUGUUUAUGUGCCUCUUGACUAAACUUUUGGUUAGGGCUAUGCUGAUAUAUUAAUAAUUUAGGCCAGUGGUUCUCAGCAGGUGGUCCCUGGACCAGCAUCUUCAUCAUGUGAGAAUUUGUUAGAAAUGCAUACAAUAGGUCCCCACUUCAUAUGUAGUGAGUGAAUCAGAAACCUCGGCGGGUGUUGCAGGGGAAGACGCAGCAUUAUGUUUUAACAAGCACCGAUUUCUGCCUUUUUUUUUUUUAAUCUUCACCCAAGGACAUUUCAUUGCAGAGAGAGAGAGAGAGAGCGAGCAAGCGAGAGAGAGCGAGUGAGCAACAUUGAUACAUUGAUGUGAGAUAGAAACAUGGACUGGUUGCCUCUUGAAAUACCCCAGUUGGGGAUCAAACUCACAACCUGGGUAUGUGCCCUGACCGGGAAUCGACUCACAGCCUUUUGGUCCACAGGAUGAAGCUCUAACCAACUGAGACACACCUGUUAGGACUGUGCACACUAGUUUUAAGAACCACCAGUUAAGUAAAUGUUUUGACUGUUUAAACUUUAAUGUGGUUAAAUGGGCUUUUUAAAAUACUAGUACUUUUACAGUUAAGAUUUCAAGGUAUUGCUGACAAAUAGUUUAUUAUGUUAGUAUAUAUAUAUAUAUAUGUACAUGUGUAGAGAUCAUAAUUCAGUUUCCUUAAUGUUGCGAUUUUUUUAGUUUACUUUUUGUAAAGGGACAUAGUAUAAUUUUCAAUUCCUGGUGGAGAUCUUUUUUUGAGGUUGUGAAGAUGGAGUGUGGAUUGCUGUUUACAGUAGUGCCUUCAUUAUGUUUAUCUGUUUUCAUUCAUUAUUAUUAACUCAAAGAUAUAAAAACAGGCCCUACUAUCUUUCUUCUUACGUUUGUUUUUGCUUUUCACUUUAUGUGCAUUUAGAAUCCUUUCUGUAAGUAAUGACUACUGAGGAAAUAAUGUUACUAAUUGAAUUUUAGACUUUAUGCUAUGUUGAUUAAUAUUCAAAUGUGAAAGCAAUUAAACAAGACAACCCAUUGUACUUUUUCACUGCUUUCUGAAGUUUUAGGCUGUGAAAAUGUCUUCAAGUCAAAAAAAUAUCUUAAGUUCUUUUUGUAGGUAAUUUUUUUCAGCACAUCUUUAGUUUUAAAUAUUUGGUAUAAUAGUGUCUGGCAUAUGAACAGGUUAAUGUUCAAAAUUAACUAAAGAAAACCCUUACAGUUCUCCUAAGCUUCUGUAUAAAUCGUUAGAAAUACAUAGAGCAGUGAGAUAAUAGGAAAAAAAAAACCUUCGCUUGUUAGCUGUUAAAGUAGAACUAAUUUUAAAUGUGAAAUCAUGGAGUUUCUUUAAGUGCUCUCAAGGAGAAUUUAUUAUGAACAUUCAAAAGUAGUGUGAUUCCUUUUCUUCUACCACACAUCUUUAAUCAUACACAUGGGCUAAAAGAAGAAGGAAACUUAUACUAGUGACAAUCAAGCCACUUUCUGACUUUCAUAAUUUUCAUUUUAUUGUAGAUAACUUGGAAGGUAAUAAUGAUACUAUAGGAGUUGUAGUUAGUACUUUUAAAACUAGAGUCAGGUGGAUGGGAAUGUCUACUUUUUAAAAAACUUUUUAUUCAUAUCAAGGAAUUUGUAAAGAUAAAGAGUAAUGACUUAAAUUCUUAAUUUAAAAUUCUUUAUCUAAAUAUAAAGGUAUACCAUUUGCUUACCAUCAUGUGUUUUGAAAAUUUGAUUUCAUUGUGGAUCCUUGAAGGUUAAAGAAUUGAAACUGAGGAUAAAAAUUGCUGUGUUGUAGCUUUGCUGAGGUCUGUAACAUAUUGAAGACCAUUAAUACUUAAAUUCAUACUUAAAUUUUACUAAAAUAAAAGGUUAUAUGUGUAUGUG